AUGCGCUGUGCGGGGCGGUUGGGGGAGGCAGUUCCGGCGGUCGGAGGCGGGCGGCACGACGCGCGCGCAGAGGGCAGGUCGAGGACGACGUCCGGGAAGGCAUGCGCGCCCUGCUACCGCUGCGGGGUCGCGCACCGGGAUGUCAAGCCCGACAACCUCCUCUUCGACGCCGCCAUGGGCGCGCUCAAGCUCGGCGACUUUGGGUCCGCGGAGUGGUUCGGGGACGUCGCGCUCGAGGUAGUCGCCGGGAGGGAGUACGGCGAGAAGGUGGACAUUUGGAGCGCUCUACAUGAUGCUCUCCGGGACCGUCCCCUUCUAUGGCGCCACCGCCCCGGAGAUCUUCGAGGCCGUGCUCCGAGACUGAAUAUGAUCGACACGCCGCGGCAUGCGCUCCCUCCAACUGUAGAUACUCCGUAG